AUGAGAGGGUCAAACAAGGGUGCGCAAGCCGAGAUAAAAGCCGUCGUUCCUCAAGCGCUCUACUUCCAUUGUGCGUCUCAUUGUUUGAAUUUGGCUUUGGUGCACUCCAGCGAGCUCGCCGCGAUCCGAUUGGUAGCUGGCUCAGUGGCGAAUGUAUGUGCAUUCUUUUCGAACUCUUCAAAACGAACGAGAAUUCUACAAGAUCAGAUCGAACGCUCGAACUCAUCGAAUUCCAGAAAAAAGAGACUCAAAACAUUGUGUAUGACGCGUUGGGUGGAGAGCCACCAGGCUUUCAUAGCUUUCAAGGAGCUUCUUAUACCGAUCGUGCAGUCGUUGCUGGAGCUGGAGCAAGAAGUUGGUGAAACCGGAGCUCGCUCCUACGAACUUCUGAGCGCGAUUUGUAAAUGCCAGUUCGUGACGUCUUUAUUCAUCAUCGAGAGUUUCUCAUCUCUUUUUUUGCCCUUGUCCGUGAAACUUCAAGCGAAGGAGCUUGAUAUUUUCGCGGCACUUGACUUAGUGGACAACGUACUCCUUGUCUUGAGGCGGAGGCGAGAAGCUGCGAUCGAUGGAUUCCAACAAAUUUUGGCAGAGGUUACAGAGGUUUGCGACUCCCUCGAAAUUGAUAUCAGAAUGCCACGCAUAUGUGAAAGACAGCUCAACAGGGAGAAUCAUCCCGCAGAUUCAAGUGAAGAGUAUUUUCGAGUGACGAGUUACAUUCCGUACCUCGACAGCUUGAUCGAUGGGUUUAUCUCACUGUUCGCGGAUGCGAGACAGGGCGCCCUGAAGGUCCAGUGUUUGAUACCCAAAUUUGCAGUGAGAAGCUCUGUCACGGAUCUGCAUCCAGCGAUCGAGUUUUACGAGUCCGAUCUAAGCUGUAGUGUUAACGUCGCAAAAGCCGAAUUCGAAAGGUGGCGCGCGAAGUGGAUGGAAGUCCCGCAAAACGGAGUGCCUGCAGGCGCCAUAGAUGCACUGAAUCACUGCCCCGCAGCUGAUUUUCCCAAAAUCAAUAUCCUCUUGAGAAUACUCGCUACAUACCCAGUAACCACCGCUUCCGCAGAACGUACUUUCAGCAGUCUUAGAUUGCUGAAGACGUAUUUGAGAUCUGUGAUGGGCGAGGCUCGCCUGAAUGGAUUAGCCUCGAUGAGCAUCCUACGGGGCAUCGACGUCGAUCCCGAGGAGGUCAUCGACUCCUUAGCUUCGAAUGCGAGGAAGCUAGAUUUUGUCUUGUAG